AUUUUUAACGGUCAAAAAUCAAAACUCACUGAAACUAACGACGAAAAUUUGUUACCUGCGCCCGAAUUCGAGCUACCUCUCCGUGUUUCUCUAAUGACGACUCCAAGAUCCAAUCGUCUACUUUCAGAUCUCGCCUCCCGAGUCAGAGUAGUCCUCAGAGUUCGCCCCCUCAUCCCUUCAGAGAUCGAACCAGCCGACGAAUACCCGGCAUCCUGCAUCUCGAUUCUCGAAAACCCCGUUCGUGGGUUCGACGAUGAAGUCACUGUUCACCUCAAAGAUCAAUGGACGAGCCGAAAUGAGUGCUACAAGCUUGAUUCCUUCUUUGGGCAAGCGGAUCGGGUCGCUCAGAUCUUUGAUAAGGAAGUUAGCAGAGUGAUCCCGAGGAUUUUCCGAGGGCUGAAUGCUACAGUUUUCGCUUACGGAGCUACUGGAAGUGGGAAAACUUACACAAUGCAAGGGACUGAGGAAGAGCCCGGGCUGAUUCCGUUAGCAAUGUCGGCCAUUUUGACAUCAUGUGUCGAUACAGAGAUGAAGGUGGAGGUUUCUUAUUACGAGGUUUAUAUGGACCGGUGCUAUGAUUUGUUGGAGCCAAAGGCGAAGGAGAUCAUGGCGUUGGAUGACAAGGAUGGCCGUGUUCAGCUCAAGGGACUCUCUUGGGUAGAGGUGCACUCAAUGGAUGAGUUCCAUGAGAUAUUUUCAACUGGGGUUCAACGCAGAAAAGUUGCACACACAGGGCUCAAUGAUGUGUCCAGCAGAAGUCAUGGCGUACUCACCGUUUCUGUUAAGAACGGCAAUUCUAAAGGAAAGCUAAAUCUUAUAGAUUUAGCAGGUAACGAGGAUAACAGAAGAAGCGGCAAUGAUGGAAUCAGGCUCCAAGAGAGUGCAAAGAUCAACCAGUCUCUAUUCGCACUAUCAAAUGUGAUAUAUGCUCUUAAUAACAAUGAAUCAAGGAUUCCAUAUCGAGAGAGCAAAUUGACCCGAAUAUUGCAGGAUUCUCUAGGAGGGACUAGUCAAGCUUUGAUGGUUGCUUGCCUUAAUCCGAUAUCAUACCAAGAAGCUGUUCACACAGUUAGCCUGGCCGCAAGAUCUCGACACAUUGUGAAUCACAUGGGUUCUGCAAGUAAGAAAGAGACCCCGAGAGAAAAGGUUGAUAUGGAAGCAAAGCUACGAGCUUGGCUUGAAUCUAAAGAGAAGAAGAAAAAGAGCGUGCAGAGAAUUGGAGCAUUUUCUCCAUCUUUUGGCAGGACCCCAUCCUCUUUAAGCUAUUCAAAGAAUUCAGAAUCAGUACGACCAUCUAUAAAAGCAAAGAAUAAAACAACUAACGCAAGAAAACUUUUUGAUUCGGCUAUUCAAAGCGCAGCUGAAAUGGAGGAAACUAAUUCUUGCGAAGUAGAAGAAUCCGAACAUGAACGCAUACUCCAUGAACAUCCUAUUACUUCAAAUAAUAAUAAUAAUAGUGCCAAUCAAAACGACCCAGAGGCUUUGCAUGAUAAGGAUCAGUUGCAGAAAGCCCCUCUUGAAACUGGACGUGAUAGAGACCAAGAUGAUGCUCAACUGAAUAAUUGUUCAUUCGUUGCUAGAGAUUUUUUUGAGGGAACAUCGUUUACUGAAGAUGUUAACAUCUCAAAGCAACCAGAUUUGCCUGGCUCACUGUAUAACAAGGAGAAUCUACAAUCUCCUAUGAAUAUUACUGAAUCACCAUCAAUGAAUGAAAAGAUAAAAGAGCUACGGCAGUCUAUUAGAAAAGUUCUAUCCCCAGUUACCUCUAAUGUGGCAGCAAACAACCAUCAACCAGCUUCUGACGAUCGAAUCUGUAUUGUCUUGUUGGAACCAAAAACUCCUAAAACCCCUAGCAUCUUAACUUGUGACCAAAAUGAAGUUCAAACGGCUGACACCCCAUUUGAUAAAUUCGAUGCAUUGAGCUCGAAUCUGAAGGAGGGUCUAGUUGAGAAGUAUCUGGCAUUCUUGAACGUUGCUAGCAAGGACGAGCUUCUGCAGCUAAAGGGAAUUGGUCAGAAAAGAGCAGAGUACAUACUUGAGCUUCGAGAAGAAACUCCCAGACCAUUAAAAUCUUUGUCUGAUUUGGAAAAGAUUGGUCUAUCAUCCAAACAGGUACAAGAUAUGUUUAAAAGAGCGGCGAGAGGAAUCUUUGCUUGAGAUGGAUGUCCACAAGUCUUGUGUGAGAGUUUAAAUUGCACAUUUGACUUUGUAAUUUGAAUUGCGACGGCAACGUUUGUGUUGCGUUUUUUUCUUUUCUUUUUCUUUUUUUCUGAGAACUAUGUGCGAGUAGUAGCUGUAGCCCCUUUGUUGUAACAUCUGAGUGUAAUAGCAGUGUAGCAGUUGACUGUUGAUCGUAAAGCUAUUUGGAUUUAUUCAUUAAUAGUGAUAAACGCUUGCUCUGUUGCUCAAAA